AUGUCCGCCUACCCGCCGCCGCCGCCCCGCCGCAAGGCGUAUUCGCCGGACGAGUCGCCGCUCGAAGACGCCGCGACACUCUAUGCCAACUCGCCCUACGCCCAGGCCGACGCGCACCGCCGCGAGCGCCAGGCCAAGGCGGAAGAGCGCCGGAGGGCGUAUGGCGAGCGCCACCCGCUGUUUUUUGGGACCGCGCGCAAGAUUCGCAACCCCAACGUGCUGACGCUCGUCAUCAUCCUCCUCGGCCUCGCGUACGUCUUCCUUCCGCUCUCGUCGAUCCGUGGGCUGUGGCCCACGCGGGGGCCGGUCCCGAGCCGGGUGACGAAUUUGCCAGACACCAUCCCCGCAUUUUCCCGUUCCUCCAUCAUGCCUGCCCAGAAAACCUUUACGCUGAGCUCGCGCACCAAGGGAUGCCACCUUGUCCAGAGCGAGAUCGAGGGCGAGAUCCGCGACCUGCUGCGCGGCGUCAAGGCGGGCAUCCUCACGCUGUUCAUCCAGCACACCAGUGCCGCACUUUCGCUCAACGAGAACUUUGACCGCGACGUGCGCACGGAUAUGGAUAUGGCGCUCGACCACGUCAUCCCUGAGUCGCUCCCGUGGCGCCACACGGACGAGGGCCCGGACGACUCGGCCUCGCACUCGAAGGCGUCCAUCAUCGGACCGUCGCUCACGAUCCCCAUCACCGACGGCCGCCUGAACCUCGGGACGUGGCAGGGCAUUUACCUGUGCGAGUUCCGCCGCGCUAAGCACUCGCGCAGGAUCGUCGCGACGGUGCUUCCGUAG